AUGGCAAAUGGCCGUCGCACUGGUCGUGGGGGAGGGAAGACAAUGGGUGUUAUUCAGGCUCCGGGUGACUCUACUCCUCCGCCGAGUACUGAGCAUUCUCCUGAGAAGAGUCCGCUGGUCUCCGCGCAAGCGUCGCCAGCGGCUUCUCCGAAAGGCUCUAUUGAGGGCGAUGUUGCGAAGACCUCUUUGCAGGAGCGCUUAUCUGCACUUAAGGUCAACGGGCUGAAGGACAAAGCGGUGGAGAGUGAUGUCGUUCUGCCUUCGCAGCCCGGCAUGGUGUCGGCAGAAGGCUCGGAUCCGGCUCCAGCGGCUCCAGUGGUGUCUGCAAAAGGCAAGCAGGAGGCUGCGGAGGAAGAAUGGUGGGACAGUGAUGAUGAGGAUGACUUUGACCCUGUCGCGAUUAACGCUCUAUCGGCCCAGAUCAGUUUCUCGAUUACGCUGCUGGUCCCUAUCGAGUGGGAAGCGGAGGUUCCUAAGCUGAAAGCCACGGUUGUUGCUCACCUCGAUUUCUGGAAGGCGUCGCUGACGGCAGAUGCGCAGACAACAACGCAGUAUCAGGUUCUGUUGCCUGCGUUUUUGUCGAAGAAGUAUCAUCGGCUACAGGUCACUUUUGAGCACGCGCGUGAUGCGGAGUUUGUCUGGAUGCGGACGAUUGAACAUGAUCUGGGGAAGGGUGCUACUCUCAAGCUCGACUGGCAGCACCCUGAGAACGCGGCCUACAAGCAGGAGCGCAGGCUGAAUCCAGGAGCGGUUGAGGUGGUCUUGAAAUCGUCUUCAACGGCUGGGAAUAAAGGGCGCGGGAUCUGGAGACUGAGGGCUGCGCAGGCAAAGAGAAAGGGCGUCAAGGAGAGGGUGAAGCAGGUGCUCCGUGACACCGGUGACGACUUGGCAGAAGUACUCCCGAGGCUGUCGUCCUGUCUGAGGGCUUACUCGCGGGAAGAAAGGAAGCGGGUUAAAGCGACUAAGGCACAUCUGGAACGGGAGGUGGAGGUGUUCCGCAGCAGACUGUCACGGAAGCCGAGGUGUCAGCGCACAGGGGCGAUUCUGCUCAAGAAGGAAGAGCUGCUGAACGCGUUUGAGAAGUACCACAUGGAGAACCUGCAGGCGUGGGCUGGUAUCAAAUCGGAGUUAGAUGGGGAAGCGACGACAGGCUUCCUGUCUAGGAAGGUUAAGACGCGAAAGGCGAAAACGGAGGUUCACGAGGUUAAGCUUAAGGGGAAAGUUUUUACCGGAGCAAGAGAAGUUCUGGUGGCUGCGACGGAGUUCUUUCAAGACUCCUUUGGCGGUGACGACAUUUCAGACGGUGGGGUCGUGGAGUCUGAACCAUUGGGCCGUACCAUCAGUGAGGCAAGCAAGGAAGCCCUCUGCGCACCGUGGUCAGAGGAGGAGGACCAGGUCGGCUUCUUACCGGGGCGGAAGCUGGCGGAUGCAGUCACGGUUGUAGCAGAUGCCAUCGAAGCAGGCGUCAGCGGCAGGGAGGACUGGUAUUUACUGAUGAUUGACUUCCGUAAGGCCUUCGACUCCAUAUCGCGGCCUUUUCUUUUCCGCACGCUGAGAAGAAUGGGGAUCCCGGAGGAAUUUGUCUCCUGGGCGGAGGGACUGCACAGGGAGACAGGCACACGGGUUCACGUGAACGGCUGGACUGGUGAUAUGGUUGCGGUUAAAAAAGGGGUGCGGCAAGGGUGCCCUUUGGCCCCAAACCUCUUUCUCUGCGCGGUGGAGCCGCUGUGUCAGGAGUUGACGAAGUGCAAGCUGGGAAUCGGUCGGAGAGGCAUCGACAAACUGGCUUACCUGGGGUAUGCAGACGACACGUCGCUGCUUCUGCGGGGUGUAGAGCAGGUGUCGGUAGCGGCAGGAAUCCUGGACGAGUUCGGCAAGAAGUCGGGCUUACAAGUAAACCGAGACAAGAUGGUGUUGUUUCCCUUGGGGAAGAACAGAGGAAAGCCGCCGCCGCCGGACCUGCAGUAUAAGUGGGCUGAUAAAGGGGAGCCGGAGCGUCUCUUAGGCGUAUGGAUAACACCGAACGGAGACCCGCUGCCGUCCUGGGAGAAAGCAUUGGACAGGGCAAAGAAGGAGUUAGCAAAAUGGGAAGUGCAGCAUUUGACAACAUCUGCGAGGGUCACGAUUGUGAAUGGUUACAUCACACCGAUUUUCUUGUUCCAGGCGUAUAUCUACCCGCCCCCGGAGGAGAUUUGGACGAAAAUCCAGAGGAUCUGCCACAGAUUUGUGUCAGGGGGGCAAGCAACGGACGAGAAAGUCUUUAUACUUUGGAACUACGAGCUGAUGUGCACGCCCAGGGAAGAGGGGGGACUGGGACUGAUUUGCCCCAAAAAGAGGUUCGACAGCGUGGCGAUCCAGAACAUCGGGCGGAUGAUGCUGCAGGACAACCCGGUCAAGAAGUGGUUGACCGAAUGCGCGGCCGCGAUGCCUCAAGGCGAGGACACGAUUUUCGCACACAAGUCCCUGAUCAAGCACUGGAAGGAUGGGAGCAGACGGUGGAAGGAGAUGCUGCAGGUUUUCUGGGACUCACCUUUCUGCGUCUCCCCUGAGCCGACAAACCGUUGGGAAGCGAAACGGGAGCGCCUAGCGUUCAAUCGGCGAAUACCUUUCCGAGGAGCAAGCCCGUUCGGGAAUCAGAAGGGCUCAGCUUGCCUCCUGGGGCUGACGAUGGGAGACCUGGUGCAACGGCUAGGGAGCGGCGAGCGGAUCCUUAAGACUGAGGAGGCACUGACGAGGGAGCUCGGAAAUAAAGACGCGGCGAAGCUGGCGCUGAAGGCCUUCGCAGCAGCACCGGCUGAGUGGAGGAAUUUAAUUCUGGAAAAGCUGAUGAGUGAGGAGGUGGUCGAGAAGGUGCCGCUGUUGCGCCGCCAGGGCAGGGCUCCUGCAAAGCAUACGAUGUGGAAGCAGGUGAGCGCCUGUCGCCGUUACAGCAUGCCCUCUCCCACUGCACGCCCACUCCCACUGCACCGUCUGUGUCAGCGGGCACUAAACGCCCCUGGGGCGUUUGGUCGCCCCAUCUACCCGGCCUUCACCUUUGCCUUCUUGCCUUCUCCCCUUCGCCUUCUCCCCUUCGCCUUCCCCUUUGCCUUCUCCCCUUCCCCUUUUCCCCUUUGCCUUCUCGCCUUCUCCCCUUCGCCUCCUCGCCUUCGCCUCCUCACCUUUGCUUUCACCUUCACCUUCGUGAGCGUUAACCCUCGCCCUUCCCCAUCCGCUCCCAGUCUCCUCUUCCCCCUCCUCCUCUCUCCUCCCCCCUCUCCUCCUUCCCCUCUCUCCUCCCCUUCCCCUCUCUCCCCCCUUCCCCCUCUCCUCCCCCUCCCUUUCUCUCCUCCCCCUCCCUUUCUCUCCUCCCCCUCCCUUUCUCUCCUCCCCCUCCCUUUCUCUCCUCCCCCUCCCUUUCUCUCCUCCCCCUCCCUCUCUCUCUUCCCUAUCUCCCCACCCCCCUCCCCCACUCUUUCCCCCCCCUCCUCCGCAGUUCCUGCACUGGGUACCGCCUCUAACCUGCCACCCUCUGACUCCCGAGCCAGCGCCGUAGGUUCGGCAGCAGCAGCGGGCAGGCCUACCUUUGCCCGGUCCGACACGUUUUUUCUGCGGGAGAUGCGGACAACAGAGCUGCUGGGGAGGGCCGUGGUGGCACCUGAUAACGGAUACCUGCUGUUAUGGCAGCAGCUCAUCCUGGCGCUCUCCUUCUACUCCGCCUUCAUCACGCCCCUCGAGUUCUCCUUCCUGCCCAUCCUGCCGCCCGGCCUCGCCAUAGCGGACGGCGUCGUCAGCAUCUUCUUCCUCGCCGACCUCUUUCUCACUUUUUUUGUUGCUUUCAAAGACCAGAAGACUCAGAGAUAUGUUUGCGACCACUGGAGUAUUGCUACCAGGUACCUGUGCACGUUCUUCAUUGUGGACCUGCUCGCACUCUUCCCCUGGGACACCUUCUUCCAGGUACAGCGGGACACCUUCUUCCAGGUACAGCGGGACACCUUCUUCCAGGUACAGCGGGACACCUUCUUCCAGGUACAGCGGGACACCUUCUUCCAGGUACAGCGGGACACCUUCUUCCAGGUACAGCGGGACACCUUCUUCCAGGUACAGCGGGACACCUUCUUCCAGGUACAGCGGGACACCUUCUUCCAGGUACAGCGGGACACCUUCUUCCAGGUACAGCGGGACACCUUCUUCCAGGUACAGCGGGACACCUUCUUCCAGGUACAGCGGGACACCUUCUUCCAGGUACAGCGGGACACCUUCUUCCAGGUACAGCGGGACACCUUCUUCCAGGUACAGCGGGACACCUUCUUCCAGCACAGCAUCAGGGGUGAAGCACAACAAUAG